AUUUUGAAGAAUAAUAAUUUAAAAAAUGCAAGCCGAUCAAGCAUUAUCAUUGGGCAGAAUGCGCAAACGUUUGAAGCUCCGUCGUUUGGCACGGAGUCCUACAAGAGUUGGUGAUCAACUAAUCAAAGAGCAGCAAUCAAUUGCAUGCAACUUUCUGCGACAGCUGAAAUGUAUUCUAUUUGCUACAUUGUUCUUGUCACUAGCAGCUGCCGUCCUAUUGGGGCAUCAUCUCACACAGAAUAACGCCAAGAAAAGCAGUCUUAUACAGGAUUUCGUUAGCAGUUAUCGGCGACACUACUAUCAAAUCGUACAUGGCAAGCCGCAUUAUUGUGAUGCUGAUUUAGAUGCGCAAAGUAUGUUUGCCCGCAUCCGUGAACAUCAAAUAUUGAACCAAGAGCAAGCAUUGCUAACAUUGGAAUCUAUCCUAGGAAACAAUACACAAUUCCGCUCUAUAGCCAUAGUAGGUUCUUCUGGUGUUGGCAAAACUAUGACAGCUAACGCUUUAGAGGAACAUUUUCCAUGGCGUGAAAAUGUGUGGACCUACGCAUGGAACACACAUGUCGAAAAUGAGGUUCAAAAAUUCCGUAUGCUACGUUUUUAUGUAGAAAAGUUCUCGGAUUGUGGUGGUAAUUUGUUGAUUAUUGAUAAUUUAGCGCCUUGUGAUGAUGAAGUGGUCCCACUUUUAAAUCAAAUGAUUGCCACACAGGAUAAUGCAAAUAAGAAACGUGUUAUAGUGCUUUAUAUAUUUCAAUUAAACGCAAUGAUUGAUGCAAAUUCGAAGCUACUGCAAAUAAAUGCCUUACAAAAUUUGCCGGAUACAACAACAAUAAAUUUUAAAUCCUUCAAUGAAAAACAACUGCGUGACUGUAUACGUCGCGAAGCGCUAUUAGAGAAUCUAACGCUGAGUGGGGGUGAUUUUGACGAAAUUGCUGCCACAAUUGAUGUAGUCACUUCCGGUUGUAAGAAGGUGCAUCCGAAAGUUUUAGUUUAUGGACAACGGCUAGAGGAGGAAAUUCAAUCUGAUGAAUUCUAAAGAUGAUAGUAUCAAAAAUCAUUAGAGACGCUUUAAGUAAACGACUGACUCUCUUUAAAAGGACAAUUAAAUACCAUAUUAAGCUAAUACUCAUGUAA